AUGCAUUUUCUGGCUCCGUUGUUGCUAGCACCGCUAGCAUGCGCAGCUGGUGUACCAUAUGAGCAGUACAUCUUAGCUCCAGCCUCACGAGAUCUGAUUCCCGUCGCCGUUCAUCAGGUCAAUGGCUCAGUGACCAACCCCAAGGCUUUGACACAGACCUCCAGUGGGGAUACCACUUUCCAUGGCGUCUCAUCGGUCACGUAUGACUUUGGGAAGAACGUGGCCGGUCUAGUCUCCCUAGAAGUUGGAUCUGCCUCUUCUUCCUCUGCCUUUCUAGGAGUGACAUUCUCCGAGUCCAGUCUUUAUAUCAGCAGUGAAGCCUGCGAUGCCACUGCCGACGCUGGCCUAGACACUCCGCUAUGGUUUGCACUCGGUCAGGGCGCUGGGAAAUAUACCCCAGAUGAAAAGUAUCUGCGCGGUGCAUUCCGCUACCUCACCGUUGUGAGCAACACGACCGCAACCGUGUCUCUCCAGUCACUUCAUGUCCAGUUCCUGGCGGCUCCUAUGCAGGAUCUCCGAGGGUACACUGGAUGGUUCCACUCGGACGAUGAACUCAUCAACAAGAUCUGGUAUGCCGGAGCAUACACGAAUCAGCUCUGCACGAUCGACCCGGCGCAUGGAAAUGCAUUGGUCCACCUAGGCAGUGUUAGCUCCUCUGAUAACAUCACACUCCCCCAGACCGUAACCUGGUGGAACAAUUAUACAAUUACGAAUGGCACCAGCACCAUCACCGACGGAGCAAAGCGUGAUCGGCUGGUGUGGCCGGGCGAUAUGUCCAUCGCCCUCGAGAGUAUUGCCGUUAGUACUGGGGAUUUGUACAGUAUCCGGAUGGGCCUCGAAUCGCUGCUUGCUCUUCAGCAGUCCAAUGGCCGUCUUCCGUACGCAGGAAAGCCGUUCUCCGAUAUGGAUAUUGUGAGCUAUACCUACCAUUUGCACAGUCUCAUUGGCAUGUCGUAUCUGUAUCGCUUCUCGGGUGAUCAGAGCUGGUUGGCGCGAUACUGGGAUCAGUAUGUGCGAGGCGUCGAGUGGGCCCUGUCCAGUGUAGACAACACUGGUCUGGCCAACGUCACUGCCAGUGCGGACUGGCUGCGAUUUGGCAUGGGAGGCCAUAACAUCGAGGCCAACGCCAUCCUCUACUUUAUACUUCAAGACGCCCAGAAGUUAGCCCAGGAGCUCAAUCACCCCUCCACAGCGACCACAUGGAACCAGAUAGCUGCCCGGAUUAAGACAGCCGCCAACCAGCUUCUCUGGGACGACCAGGCAGGAUUCUAUCGCGACAAUGAAACGGCCACCCUCCACCCCCAGGAUGGCAAUGCCUGGGCGAUCAAGGCUAACUUGACCUCCUCCCCCAAGCAAAUCAGCAUCAUCUCCCAAGCGCUGCAGUCCCGCUGGGGUCCUUAUGGUGCCCCGGCCCCAGAGGCCGGCCAAACCAUCUCCCCCUUCAUCGGCGGGUUUGAACUGCAAGCCCAUUAUCUCGCCGAUCAACCUGCAGCCGCGCUCAAUCUCAUGCGCCUGCAAUGGGGCUUCAUGCUGCAAGAUGCGCGAAUGACCCAAUCGUCCUUCAUUGAGGGGUAUUCCACGGACGGAUCAAUCCAUUAUGCGCCCUACAGCAACGACGCACGCAUCUCGCAUGCCCACGGGUGGUCCACCGGGCCAACAUCAGCACUGAGCACGUAUGCCGCGGGCAUUCAGCUCAUGGGCCCAGCAGGAGCGGAAUGGCGCAUAGCGCCUCAACCAGGCAAUUUGACCCACGUAGAUGCGGGACUGGCCACGGGUCGUGGGCAGUUUGCAGUUCGCUUCCAGCGCCAGACGGGGAGGUACGAGACAUUUUCGUUCCAGACUCCGUCUGCGACACGGGGGGAUGUGGUCUUGCCGGGGACCCAGGGGAUACUGGUGUCGUGCACGGGUCAGCGCAUCCGGUUAGUGAAUGGGGUUGCUCGUGGGUUAGCUGGGGGGAGCUGGACGCUGGAGAAAGGUGGGCAGUAG